AUGCCAGAGAGACGUUUGUCGCGUCUGCUCAAGGCCAAGCUGCUGCGUCGAUCAUCAACACCGGCCGUUCCAAAAACGGGCAACGGGGCGGACCCGCGUGCCCACCCAAACUCAACCUCUCGCUCCUCUUGCGCUCCGCAUCCCUUCGACUCCGCCAGCGAGAAAUCCCAAUAUAGCGUCGUCUCUUCGGCUGCUGAUCAGUAUUCUGACGACAUCGGUCCAGGCCCUGACUCUAUUCACCGCGAGGGGCAGAACCACAAGCACAGGCCCCGGACCGAUCCCCAGCCAUCCACUCGUUCAGCGCAACCAACCGAUCAGUAUCAGCAUCGCCACGCAUCAGAACAGUCGUCCUCCACCCCACCACCACCGGAACCGAAUUUCUCUCCUUUGCACACUCCCAUCUCCGAAGAGUCGCCUUCCCCCUUCGAGACCCCACUAGCGACUCCGCAGCAAUCCGACGAUACCUGCUACUCCGCGCCAGUCAAGGCUGGUGGUCCAACUUUAGCCGAGUAUCAAUUGGCGCCUACGCUAGAGCCUGUCAUCGAAAAGACCGUAGACCCACGCAGACCUUCCUCAAACGCUUUUCCUCCCUCGGGGAGUAAGCGCCCUAGCAUUGCCAUACGUCGGCAGUCUCUUCUUCCCGCCUCACAACAGCAUUUGAUCAAAGGAUUGUUGGAACAAAGUCUCUUUUCAUCUCCGGGUGACCAGGGCAGCAGUCGCGUCCCCGUAGCUGUUGCUGAGAUGGUCCAGCGUCGGAUCUGGGUCAAGAGGCCGGGUGGCUCAGCUACCCUGGUGCCUUGCUUGGAAGAUGCCGUGGUGGAUGAAUUGCGCGACCAGGUGAUCACGAAAUACGCCAACUCGCUGGGUCGAACUUUUGAUUCUCCAGAUAUUGUUAUCCGAAUUCCAGCUCGAGAAGGUUCAAAUAGACAACAAACGCCAGAGCGACUGUUGAGCCCCGAGGAGGUUCUAUCCACCGUGCUCGACUUAUACUUCCCAGGGGGACAAACAGUGGAGGAGGCCUUGUUGAUUGAAGCGCCAACACGCCGAACCCCUAAGCCAUCACCUCGUCAUCCAGUUUACCUCCAUCAUCACUCGGAACCUGGCGAGCAUGGCGACUACUUCCCACUCAUGCCCGUGAAUCCGAAUGGCCAUACACCUCCCGCUCACCCAUCGAGUUCAGGUGCUGCCAAUGCCCCAUCUAUAUCUAUUCUUACAACUGGUGUUGCGCCAGCGUUGCCCUCACCUGGAACUCGCGCAGCAAGACACCAUCGUCGGCCACCUCUCGCACGGCACACGACGAAUUCGCCGACAAUGCUCGGUCAAACGCCCACAUUGACAGAAACCGGCAUUUCUCCCCACUCACAACCGCCUCCCACCGUACCAACACAGCCAACACCGCCCGCCCCGGUCGUCGAGUCUCCGCAGGUGAAAUCACACACUCCUCCAGCCCCAGUGGCUUCUCCACGCACUCUUCGGAAGUCCAAGGGUGCUGCGUCGCCUGGCGCAGUAUUCGGUGGUCUAAUUGAGGGCACCGUGCCUCCAAUCAACGUCCUCAUUGUCGAAGAUAACAUUAUCAAUCAAAAGCUUUUGGAGGCGUUCAUGAAGCGAUUGAGCGUACGAUGGAAAUGUGCGGCCAAUGGCGAGGAAGCCGUACGAAAGUGGAGGCAAGGCGGAUUCCAUUUGGUUCUGAUGGAUAUCCAAUUGCCAGUCAUGAACGGAUUGGACGCGACCAAAGAGAUUCGCCGUCUUGAGCGACUCAAUGGAAUUGGUGUCUUUCCUAAGAGAGCCUCGGGGCGUUCCAGUGCUUCGAGUGCCGCUUCAUUGGAGGAACGGCCGGGCCUGCAUCGGUCCGUGAGUGAGGAUGACACGCUCUCAGACCUGUCUCUGUUCCGAAGUCCGGUGAUUAUCGUUGCCUUGACUGCUAGCAGUCUGCAAAGUGAUCGUCAUGAGGCACUGGCUGCCGGAUGUAAUGAUUUCUUGACCAAGCCUGUCGGAUUCCCAUGGUUGUCCCAGAAGGUGACCGAAUGGGGCUGCAUGCAGGCCCUGAUCGACUUCGAUGGCUGGCGCAAAUGGCGUGGAUUCCAGGACUCUCCCCGUUCCGCAUCCCCCAACUUUGACACCGCGGCUAGUCCGAUGCAGACAGGCAAUCACAACGAAGCCAUGUCAAAACCGGACCCUGGAUCACCAUCACUGUCUCGGACUUCCACCAAGUCUAAAAACCGCCCAAAGCGGCCCCAUUUACCCAAUGCCGAUGAGAUUAUGCGCGAAGAUUCAUGGGGUAGUGGUAGCGGUGACACUGCCGACUCACCCACGAGUCCAGAGACUACCCCAGGAGUAGACGCCGAUGUACAACCACCUGGUGAUUCGGUGGACUUUGCGCCAAAUUCUCAAUGA